GCGGCUGCUUCGUUUGCUGUUUCCCUUGGACUUGCCUUGUGUCCUCUUCCCUUGCUGCGCGCACUCCUACUUGCUGCCGUCUUGCUGUACAUAGGCUGCACAGUACUCUCUCCCCCCAUCUCAUCUCUCCCAUCUCCUACUGUGCGUUUCGCAGCGCAUUCUUCCCAAGGCUCAUAGCAUUUCAUUGAACAUUUUCCCCUACAUGUCGGGUCGCCGGGGUGCGGCGAUGGCUGCUGCGGCGCUGCUGCUAGAAUUCUUGCCGCGGGUGGUUGCCCACGGUGACGACCAUGGGAUGGACAUGGGCGGCCAGGAUGCGCCCAGCGCGCCGCCUCAGGAUGCCGGGUUCGGGGGCUACUGGGGUCUUUCUGAGCAUGUCUCGCUCAUGUACUGGCACAUUGCGCUUGAGAUAGUGGCGUGGGUCGUGGUGCUGCCGCUCGCCGUCAUGUUCAGCAUCGCGCGCUCGCCAUUUACCCUACCCUCGCAGUUAGUCUUCCUCUCUACCAAUGCACUCGCCCUCGUCCUUGGCCUUGUCUACAACCACAACACUCCCGAAAUGUACGCAGGAAAUGCGCACAGCAAGACCGGAUGGGCCAUCACCUGGAUUGCUUCGGCGUGGGUGUUUUUGGCCCUGGUUCAGGCCUACGCCAGCACCACCGGCCAGCACGCAGCCGACGAUGAAUUCAAACACCCCAUGACGACGGCAAACAUGCUCAGGUACCAGCGCGUCCAGGGCGAGGAGCUCCCCAGCCCAUCCCGCUGGUCGGACGACUCUGGACAGGGCACCGAGCGCAACUCGGCCUCGCUGUACGACACAUCGCAGUCGCCCAGCGUCGAGUCGGAGAACCAGGAGUUUGCCAGUCCACCACGUAGAUACACACAUGACGACGACUCUUUCGGCAACGACAACGACAACGAGAAACACGGCCUGUUACGCAACACGUCAGUAGACCGCUUCUUCGCCCGGAACGUUGCCCGCUUUGCAGCAGGCCGCACACUAAAGGCGAUGCGCUUCUUCUACGUCGCAGUAGAGCGCACCAUCCUGGUCCAGGGCCUGGUGGCCAUCAUCUCGGGUGCCGUCGUCUACGGAGGCAUUGGCAGAGGAGGUGCCGUCUUCAAUGUCCUGGCGCACACAAUCAAGGGCGGCAUCUUCUUCGUGUACGGGUUCCUGACACUGGGCCGGUGGAUGGGUGCCUUUGCCGACUUUGGCUGGGCGUGGAAUGUGAAGCCGCCAAAGGAGGUGGUCGGUCGUAGGCGGGCGGCGCUACCGUCGGCGGAGUUUACCGAGUCGUUUGUCAUCUGGCUGUAUGGCUGCUCCAACGUGUUUCUCGAGCAUCUGGCGGCGUGGGGCGAUGCAUGGACGGCGCAGGAUCUGGAACACGUUUCCAUCUCCAUCAUGUUUUUCGGCGGUGGCUUGUUGGGCAUGUGCAUCGAGUCGAGCAAAGUGCGCGAGCUCCUCAACAGCAGCGUCGUCGCCUCGCAGCCCGCCUCGGUAGAGCACGAGUCGUGGCAGCAGCCGCGCCAGUACCGCUUCUCCAUGAACCCUAUGCCCGCCCUCAUCAUCAUGCUGCUCGGCAAGAUGAUGAGCUCGCACCACCAGACGUCCAUGGUCUCGACCAUGAUCCACACACAAUGGGGCAGCAUGUUCAUGGGCUUUGCACUGGCGCGUUGCCUCACCUACAUCACCUUGUACAUUUCGCCGCCCACGUCCUUUCUGCCCUCUCGCCCGCCUACCGAGAUCAUCAGUGCCUUUUGCCUCAUCUCGGGCGGCAUCACCUUCAUGGUCAGCAACAAGGACACGGUCGCGGCUCUCGAGUCGUACAACCUCGAUGCCAUGUUCAUCUUCACGGUGGUCAUGGGUCUCACGGCGCUGCUCAUGGCCUGGACGACUGUCGUCAUCGCCAUCAAGGGCUGGGCCUUGCGCAAGGAGAGUUCCAGCCAGUACGUCAAGGGCCAUGCCGGAGCCUUGGCCUAAGUCGCCAUGGCCGCUGCAUUGCUGGCCCACUCUCCGUGGUAUGCUUUGAAACCGGGCGUUUCACCUGAUACCCUGCAUGUUCCUUUUUACGACUUGUAGCUUUUUGUUUUCAUGAUAUUACUGCAGUAUACCCUCUUUGCCUAAGGAUGGCGACAGCCUGGAUAGCUGCAUGAACAACCUUAAUCGUUGCGGUAAUGAUGGUAGUAAUGACGACGGGCUUGGACGGGCGGGCUCCUUUGGUGAAGGGAGGCCGUGGUAAUCAUAGCUGGAUAAUGAAUCUGUAUUCCUGCCAAUGGUCAUGUGGACGGCUCUCGAACCAAGUAGUGGAGAACACUGAAGGUGAAAUUGGGCUUGAGCCUUC